AUGAUGAAUCGCCCAAAUUUCAUCGACCUGCCCACUAUCAACUCCCGCUCUACCAGUUCGCUCUCAAAAAAAGGCCAAAUCUCCCCUCGAAUUCAGCAUUUUGACGGCGAUGUUCCCCCUUCGCUCUCACCCCUGGAUGCCAUUGCGGCUCGAAGUCGCAGACUUGCCAAAGAGUUGGAAGAAACAAGAAAAGCGGGCGAGAGACGGAUGAGCAGACUGCCGCCUCAGAUUGUGACCGAUUCCCUGACUGAACAUCAAAAUAGUCGUCCUCCCAUCUUUCGUGCCUUGUCCGAUGGCGUUGACACUGUUCCUCCUCUACCAACUUUGGAUAAAGACCGAGCGGGCAGUUUUCCUCGAGUGGCCAAUCCUUUAAAUCGCCCGACCUCCCAACAUGUUCGCAUGAGUGGUGUCAUCAAGCCCGCCGACGACGAAAAAGACAAAGAAAUUUCACAACCAGAAGACUAUUUUGGAGCUCCUCGAGUUGAGUCUCCUCCACCUCUGGACGCUAGACAAGCAACGUCACCAUCUCAGAGUGUAGGGAGCUCUUCGAUGAACCCCCCGCCCGGAAUCUCUCGUCAAAUAUCAACCAAUUCCCAACCGGAUUUGAAUUUGGGCCUAGUGCCACCACCUUCCCACGCCAGCAGAUUGCGGCCGUAUCAGGAUGCCUCCGAUGAUGAUUACACCAGUUCCAAUGCGGGAUCGACUUUUUCCCAGUCCCGUAAACUUUCCUCCAGCAGUGGAAUGUCCGCUCCGCAUUCUCCAGUCUCACCAUAUGCACAAUCCCAUGGCCGUACCAGCUCGAACCAUUCUUUGAAUUCCCCACUUCGAAAUAAUUCAACUCGUAAUUUUUCACGACCGACGAGUUCAUCUAGUCUGAACAACCUGAAAGGCGACAAGAGUCCUUCGAAAGCUCCUUUGGUCCUUCGCGUGAGCCACCUCCGAACCUCGAGUUCAUUCGACGACUCCCAAUCUCCAGACGGCUUCAUGUCUGGUGAAGUAUCUUCUUACACUCACGCUACCUACAGUCUACCUCGCGGACGAAGAAUAUCCGAUCGAAACUCGGCGGUAUUCUCCGGCCUUUCCACUCCACAUUUUGAAUGGCAAGAACCAAUGUUUCCUUGUACGCCCCCUCUGGAAGGGAAAAACAGCACUGAACUCGCCGUUCCGUCGCCUAUGGUGUCUGCUCGACCCAGCAGGGAGGAUCAGACUCAACAAAGAUCUGGAUUUUCGUUCGAAUUCAAUGGAGAACGUUCGCUUGCCCCCCAAGAUCAAUUCGGUCGACCUCCAGCCUCAUACACACCGACGGGUUCCCUUCGAUCAAAUGACUCGUCCGCUCCAAGACCAUCAACCGGCCAGUCUCCGACGGCAGCUCUUUUGAUGUUGCCGCCUACUCCUUUGUCUCCUGUCGAGGAGGUAUCGCAGUCUUCGCGAUCCAAUAGCACGGUUCGCCCUACCACUUCUCGGACAGUGAGUAAUUAUCAGGGUCUUUCAGCCGAUGACCAUGUCGCCAAAGCUAUUGAUCUUCAUGAGCGCGGAGAUUUGAAAGAGUCAACCUACCAUCUGCGGAUUGCAGCCAACAAAGGUCAUGCGACGGGGAUGCUUCUGUACGCUCUCGCCUGCCGUCAUGGGUGGGGAAUGCGUGCAAAUCAAAAGGAAGGUGUUCAGUGGCUUCGUAAGGCUGUGGACUCCGCCAUGCUGGAAGUUGCUGAAGAUGAAGAUCCUGCGACUCAGAAACCAGGGACUGACGUCGCCGACAAGAAGACACAUCGUGCUCAAUUUGCUCUAAGUAUAUAUGAAUUGGGAGUGUCACAUCUCAACGGAUGGGGAAUUGAACAAGACAAAGCACUAGCUUUGAGAUGUUUUGAGAUUGCCGGUAGCUGGGGUGAUACCGAUGCAUUGACCGAAGCUGGUUUCUGCUAUGCUGAAGGAAUUGGUUGCAAGAGAGAUAUGAAAAAGGCGGCCAAGUUUUACCGAAUGGCAGAAGCAAAGGGAGUCAGCAUGAUUGGAAACAGUUGGAUCCACAAGGACAAAUACAACGACACUGAUGACGACACUGACGGUCGAUACAGAUCCUCAAGAAAGACUUCAUCCGAAAAGCCACGCAAUAAAUCCAAGUCGCGUAGCAUCUUUGGAAGGAAGAAGUCGGCUCAGGCAUAG